AUGGGUGCCGCUAGGCUAUUUAAGCCGGCUCACUUCAGAGGAGACCGAGAUUGCUCUUGGGCUUCGUUGCCGGUUAGUGCCUCGACUAGCAUUCGGUUAUCAUCAAUCUCUUGGAGGAAGCCUCCACGUGAUGCGGUCAAACUAAAUACGGAUGCAAGUGUAGUUGCCUCUUGUGCAACGGGAGAAGGAUUGCUACGGACCUUUGAGGGUAAGCUGGUUUUUGCUUUCUACAAAGAGUUUGGCGAUGUAGAUGUCUUGAUGGCUGAGGCACUCGUCUUGGUUGCUGGCUUACAAUGUUGCCGCUACAGAAACUUCAAGCAGAUUUUGGUGGAAGCUGACUCCUGUUCGUUGGUUUGCCUUGUCAAUUCUGACAAGGUUGCUAAAUGGCCUCCUUGUCAGGUUGUGCGGCACGUUCGCGUUCUUCUCCAGGAUCUGAACUCUACAUUGUCACCCGUUUUCCGUGAAACCAACUCCGCGGCUGAUGCCUUAGCUACUGCGUAA